AUGGCUUUGAGCGUAUUAGUGCUUGUGUUGUUUGCUAUCGCCUAUUUGAAGAAUCCGUUUAGAAAUCCUUGGGACUUAAAAUUGAGAUUGGUGCCUCCAGCAAAUUUAACCGACCCAAAAUAUGGUGUUCAUAAAUACGUAAAAGCAAAUAACAUUAAACUACACUACGUAGAAAGCGGCGACGCCUCUAAGCCCCUUAUGCUGUUUCUGCAUGGAUACCCUGAGUUUUGGUAUUCAUGGCGGCACCAAAUUUUAGAGUUCAAAAAGGAUUACUGGUGUGUAGCUGUAGACAUGCGUGGUUAUGGUGAUUCAGAGAGACCCGAAGGAGUUUCCUCUUACAAAAUAGACUUGUUAGUGGAGGACGUGCGCGAUUUUUUGCGACAGUUGGGUCGCGACAAAUGCAUUUUAGUAGCCCAUGACUGGGGCGGUUUGGUAGCCAGCAAGUUUCGUAAUCAACACCCUGACGCAUUGCAUGCUAUAAUUAUGCUUGGAAGUGCAUCAAUCACGGCGUGGCUACACGAAGUUUGGAACAACCCGGAACAAAGGCGGAAUUCCUGGUAUGUUUUUUUCUACCGCAUGCCAGUAUUGCCCGAGCUAAUGAUACAAAUGAACAAUUUGCGAGCUUUUGACGCAAUGUUUAAGGAUCACAGCAACGAAAAUGAUAUCGAAUGUUACAAAUACUGGUUUGGGAAGCCGUGCGCACUCACUCCUCCAAUAAACUAUUACAGAGCGAAUUUCCAACUACCUCUACCAGAGAAGUACAGAGAUGAAAAGGUUCCUAUGCUCAUAGCGAAUGGACAGCGCGAUAAAUACCUAGGCCCUAGUAUAUUGGAUUGUAUGAAGAAAGAAUACAAACAUAUCGAAACAAUGCUAAUCGAGAAUUGCUCACAUUUCUUGCAACAAGAAGCCCCGGAGAAAAUCAACAAGAUUAUUAGGGAUUUCCUCACCAAAAAUAAUAUGUAA